UAGUUUUGUUGAUUCACCAGCAGGGGGACACGCAGAGCACGAGUCGGUGAUGUCAUGAGCUCAUUAGCAUAUUGGUGACUAUAUGUAAUGCUUGCGCCGGGACGCGCCUUUUACUGCUGCAACGCAAUUGACCAGAACUCUUGUCUGCAUCAGACCACUCCUCGACCUUCCGUCAUCAUGAGCGACAAACCCGACAUCUCGGAGGUGACCAGCUUUGACAAGAACAAGCUGAAGAAGACUGAGACGCAGGAGAAGAAUCCCCUGCCCUCAAAAGAAACCAUCGAACAGGAGAAGGCGGCGGCGGCAACGUCGUGAAGCCCCUUGCCAUGACCUCUGCGACCCCACCCCUCCUGACCCCCCCACACACCACACACCCCCUCCUCCUGCAUUGCCUUGUUUUCAGUCACUUCUCGCUGUUUAACUCUGUAACCGAAACGAUGAAACGACAACGGUAACCAAGCUGCACAGUCUCUCUCACGGGUGGAUGAUGGCUUCCCCCCCCACCCACCCCCGGUCCCGUCGACACGCACCACCUUCCUGUUUGGUGGGAUAAAGAAGGCACUUGUUUGACCCACCAAUGAGGCCGAAACAGAGAGGGGCGGGGCCCGGGCUGCGUCCCAGGAAGUGUCUGUCUCAACCACCCCGCCCCACGUUGACCCAACACCACAACUUCCUGCGUGGCUGCUUUGGUGUGGAAGCUGAUGAGCUUUUUCUUGUUAUAUUGUCUUUUCGGAAACAUGCCGGCCAAAAAUGUGAUUGAACCCCCUGAAAAAUGAUAGUUGUAUGUUUUCUUAAUUUUUUUUGUAUAAACGUGAGGAUUAAAAAUGGAUUCCAACUCGAUGUGGCAACAAUGGACCUUGUUGGCGGUUAAAUUGCACUUUGGCCCCUUUUGUCUGAGUCAGGGUUUGGUGUCGAGGCGAGUCAAAAGAAAAGUCAAUUGGUUCCAUGUGCGUUUAGAUUGAUUGGUCUUUGGCGUUUGAAUCACACUUCUUUGCCACAAACCAUUGCAAGAAAUGGAAAACCGUGAAAUGUUGUAAUAAAAAAAGAUUUGUUACUAA